AUGACUAUCGUCACCAUAAUCCUCCUCGUCCUCGCCCUCAUCCUCCUCACCCUCACCGCCCUCCGCCCCCUCUUCAACUUCCUCCACAACAUCCGCCUUGCCCGCUCAAUCAAACUCCCCUACUAUAUCUUCCCCGUCUCCGAAGUCAACGUCCUCUGGCUCGGCCUCCUCGAAACCCGGAGCUUCCAGAGCCUAGUGAAAAAAUGGUUCCCUGCGAACUUGGCGGAUUAUGUGUACGACAGCGGGUUUAAGUUCCGGUGGACGGUCAAGGAUCGGUUGACGAGGAAGUAUGGGGGUGUUUACUUGAUUGUUACACCGGGGUCGGUGAGUUGUCAGGUUGGGGAUGCAGAGGUUAUUGCGCAGGUUUGUAGGCAGAGGCAGAGGUUUCCGAAGCCGAGUCAUCAGUAUGAGGGAAUGGAGAUAUAUGGCUCGAAUGUUCUUACUAGCGAAGAAAAAGAAUGGACCCGCCACCGCCGCUACACCCAAUCCUCCUUCAACGAAAAGAACAACGCGCUAGUCUGGCAAGAAAGCAUCCGUCAAACUAUCGAAAUGAUAGCCCACUGGGUAGACCAAUACUCCAGCACCAAGGAUCCCAACUCCGAUCUCACAAUCCCUGGCCUCCAAAACGACAUCACAAAAUUAACCCUUAACAUCUUCUGCGGUGCGGGAUUCGGUGUACAUCUCCCUUUCAAACCAUACCUAGGAAACACAAUAGAAAAGGAAACUGUGCAUGACCAAUUCAGAGAUUCUGCUACACCACCACCAGGCUAUGAUUUUACAUUCCGCUCCGUAGCGGAGUAUAUAGGCCCCAAUCUAACCUCAAUCUUCCUAGCCGUUGGCAUCCUCCCGAAAUGGCUAUCUCGCAUCCUUCGACCGUUCUUCAAAACACCCCUAAAAGCAUACCACAAUCUAGGCAAAUACCUCCGCGCACUCAUCACCAUGUCCCAGGAAGAAGAAAGUAACGCACACAACCUCCUAGCGGGUUUAGUUCGCGCGCGACGAGAAGAACAAGGGAACGAAGGCACAAAGUCGAAAUACGGCGCUGGUCUGUCAGAUCAGGAGAUCCUGGGGAAUUUGUUCAUGUUCACGAUUGCUGGACAUGAGACGUCUUCGACGAGUUUGCAGUUCGCAUUUGUACUGCUUGCCAUGCAUCAGGAUAUCCAGGAUUGGUUGUACGAGGGUAUUAGGGAAGCUGUUGCCGAUGAGCCUGAAGAUCCAGCGAAAUGGGACUACGCCCGGGUGUUUCCUAAGUUGACCACUCCGCUUUGCGUUAUGCUGGAAACCCUCCGCCUCUACCCCCCAGUAGUAACCCUCCCAAAAUGGACCUCCCACUCCCCCGCCCCCAUAACCCACGCCUCAAUCACCUACACCCUCCCACCCAACGUCCCAAUAUCCCUAAACGCAAACGCCCUCCACUACUCCCCCGAAUACUGGGGCCCCGACGUAACAACCUUCUCCCCAUCCCGCUGGGACAAACGCAACACAGCCAGCUUCCUCGCAAAAAACGAUGGCGUCGAGGGGCUAUCCGUCGCAGGACUAGAUUUUGAAACUGUGCAUAAGCCCGUCCGCGACGCAUUCAUUCCUUUUAGUGAUGGGAGUAGAGCGUGUAUGGGGAAGAAGUUUGCGGAGGUGGAGUUUGUGGCUGCGCUGAGUGUUGUUUUUUGGCGGUGGAGGGUUAGGUUGGCGGGGGAUGAGGGGGCGAGGGAGAGGGCUGAGAAGGCGCUGGAGGAGAGUUCGGCAUUUUUGACGCUGGGAAUGAGGGAUGAUCUGCCGUUGAGGUUUGAGAGGCGUUAG